AUGGCUGCCGUUAAUCGUCCGACCGACACCAAGCUCAAGGAGAAGGACAUCAAUCAAAAGCUGCAGCUUUACGGCAUCUUCAAUGCUUUCUCCAGAGGCAAAGUGCCAUCCAACAAGCAAAUCGACGUUGCGCUAAACAGUACCCUCUCAUCGCGCGCGCUUGCCAAGCCAUCUCCGAAAUUGUCUGAGGAAGGUCGCAAACUCGUCGGCGAUCUGCAACAGGUCAUACAACAAGCCAAGGUUCUGCUUCUCACCAAAAAUGAGGGCAAUCUGCUCCAGGACUUCAUCUGGCAAACGCAACAUAUCAGCGGAGGCGAUGCCAAGCUGCCCGGCGCUCCUACAGAUAAGCAGACUGCCCAACAGCAUGGCAACCAGGCACUGGAAGGCCUGCGAACACUUGGAACAUUGCUCAUCACCAACGGUCAAUUCCGGAAGCUGCUCAAUGAUGCGACUAUCCUCAUCCGAGAUAUGGCUGGUGAUGCCGCUCAGAAUGCCGCAAACCGUGUGAAUCCAAAAGAGGAUCAACUUGCACAGCUCGACGAGCCUGCUGAGGAUAACACCUGGCACGAUGCUCCAAAUCUUUCUAGGGACAACCUUAAAUCUCAAAUGAGGUCUACCUACGACAAGCAAAAGCCGUUUUCCCAGAAUGACGUCGAUCAGGCGGCCAAUAACGCUGCCAAUGCUGCAGAUCGAAACCAAACUGGUGAUGGUCAAUACGACCAACAAUCUGGCCAAGCUGGCGCACAGGCUGCUGGUGGAACUCUUCGUGAGCAGGCAUCGGCCAAUGUACCGGAGGACACUAAAAAACGUGGUCGGGAGGUCUCGCAAAAGACGAAGAACUACCUGAGCGAGAAAAUGCCAAAGGAACGCCGUGAGCAGACCAUUUGGCGAUUGAAGAAAAUGAUCACCGAGGUGCAAGGUCACUCGGAUUAUCAGCAGGCGAUUGAAACCCUUCUCGACCUUGCUGAAACUUAUGGUCGUCAUGGCCGUGAUUUGUCGCAGGCUGGUGCUGGAACUGUGAAAGGUGCCCAUGCUGAUAACAGUCUGGAAAUUGCCGAGACUGACCUUAAGACUCUAAUCGAACGCUUUGCCAACUGCACGAGCAGCGAAGAUCUUUUCGACGCCCUCAAGAACAUCUACGCCGAUGCCGACCGCGACCCAGAAUUGAGGAACUGGUUCAAAUCUGUUGACCAGUUCGUCCGUAAAUGUUUGAAAGAGCAGGGAUUUAUCCUCCAAGAUCAGGCCAACGACGAAGGGCAUCAACUGUACGACCAGGGACAAUUCCUCCUACGCGACCGAUACCGAGACCAUACCAAUCGUAUCAUCGAUGAAGCCAAGUUCCUCGCUGAUCAGUUCGACCAGGACCCACAGAACAAGGCCUUUGCCCAGUCAUUGGAGAAGCUGUUCCACGAUCUAGGAACUGACGAGAGUGGCAAGCCUGUGUUCAAAAAACACCUUCUCGAGGAUAUCAGCAAUGUCAUUGUGCCCGGCAUCUUCGAGCACACUCGUUACGUUCCCCUUCCUCGCAUUGAAGUUUCAGACCCCAUGAUUGAUGCUGUGGUCGAGAACUUGGUCAUCGAAAGCGACAACCUUGCACCCAAUGUCAUUGAAUUUGGUAGCGACAACUACUUCCGCUGGGGCCGCAAGAAGAUCAGCAACAAGCAUGACAACAAGAUCAUGAUCUCCGCGUCGGGUGUGCAGAUGGACCUUCGGGAUGUAUCCUACUAUGUCAAGAAAAAGCAAGGUUUCCCUUCCAUCACUGACAAAGGUGUGAUGGACAUCUACCUCGGUGGUGAAGGCUUCAGCUUCAAGAUUGCUGCUUCCAACGCCCACAAGAAAGAUCGUCAACAUUUCGCCAAGAUUGACAAGGUCACUGUCGACGUCAAGAAUUUGAAGAUCAAGAUCAAGCAAUCCGAUCACAAACUCCUCUUCUCUAUUGCCAAGCCAAUCUUGUUGAAGGUGAUGCGUCCGGUGAUUCAGAAAGUUCUGGAGAAACAGAUCCGGGACUCUUUCACUCAAGCCGAUGCCUAUGUCUACGACAUCCACCAAGAAGCCCAACGGGCUGUCGAUCGAGCCAAGGCCAACCCAGACCCCGAUAAUGUCAGCAACAUCUACAAAGAGUAUGUGACUGCUAUUCAGAAGAAGAUGACAGCCAAGAAGGAGAAGGCUCAGGAAAAGGCUGCAGGCACCAAGGUCAACAUGGCUGUCACCCAGUACGAGUCCAUCUUCCCCAACAUCCAACUUCCAGGUGGUAUCUCGACCAAAGCUACUGAAUUUAAGGAUCUUGCAGCCAAGGGAGACAAGUGGGAGUCACCAGUCUUUGGUAUCGGCAGCGCGAAGGAAUCUACUGAUCUUCCCAAACUGUCUCCUGUCACUCGCAAGCCUCACAACGCAGCAUCUGGUGGUGUUCGUGGCGGAUCAGGUCUGCAAUCUAGCGGCGGAAAUCUGUCAUCUCCCGGAUUCAGCCAAGGUCAAGGCACCAACACCACAUCUCACGCUUAUAACCAAGGUGUGGGUGCGAGCGCCGCAGGUGUAGGAUCUCCGGAAUACCCAUCAACAAAUGGCAACUCAGCUGGCGGAUUUGGCAACCAGGUUGACCAAGCCUUCAACAUGAAGAAUGCACAGGUGAAUGGGCCUCCACACGCCAGUGGCAUCCAUAGUGCAGUGACGGCUGGUCAAUAA